UUCUCUGUCAUUAUCAAAGUGAGAGAAAAUUUCCCCCUUGGAAUAUCAUUCAUCUCGUCAUGCCCAAAUGCUUGAUAUUUCUCAAGUUGCUUUUGGUUUUUGUUCAGCACAAACUUAUAUUUGCCAUUCAGCCCAUCACGAAGAACGAUCGCGUUUUGACCAGCCAUGUUUUUAAAGCUGUUACAGCCUCAGACUGGUUCAACUGUGUCCAAACCUGUCACGAUGAUCCAAGAUGCAUCUCGUAUAACUACCAGAGAUCAGCAGAAGCUAACGGUCUGUGCGAACUAAACGAAUGUGAAGUUGAAGACUUGUGCGACAAAGAUGAAUCCCUCUUUCACUCACCAGGGUUUGUGUUUCAGCAGAUAAGGACGAGUGCCACUCACAAGUGUGCCGCUUCACGAGAGGAAAACAUCUGCGCAUUGAAUAUACCAGUUCCCACGACCCCGCCACAAAAUGUCGAAGUGGCGAACAAGACGAUAACCAGUCUUUUCAUCACGUGGGAUGCUGUACCAACCAAUCAGAGUCUCGAACGGAUCCCAGAAUACAAAGUGACUUACUCCUUUAUGUCCAGUAAGCAUGGAGGGAAUGUCACGGUGGUUACAGCUCCCACGGCCCACAUCAACCUUACAGGAUUAAGAAUUUACAGAAAGUACAACGUAACAGUGUUAGCAUUCAAUCAAUGUGGGGAUGGUCCUUCAAGCGAAAUCCUUUCUGAAAAGACAGACGAAGACAAGCCCAAAGCAGCACCCGGAAAUUUAAAAGCAGAGAGAAAUAACUCAACAAGCAUAUUGGUCAAAUGGGACAGAGUACCAAAUGGUAAACGAGAUGGGAAAAUCAUAAGUUACAGAGUGAAUUAUACCCGAUCAGAGCCCGAUGUAAUAACAAUGAGCGAAGAAGUAAAGGAACCAAACCGGGAGUUUUUGUUAACAAACUUAUAUACGAAUGUAGAGUACACAAUAACAGUGUCGGCGUCAACUACUAAAGGGUAUGGACCGGCCAGUGCACCUGUUGUAGUCCCUGCAGGAGACAAGAAGCGAUGAUUAUGAUGACGAUGAAAAAAGAAGGUACACCUGAAACAUAUAACUCAGGUACUUCUUUAACCUUAGCCACAUGCUUCCGGGAACACUUUGUGUAAAGUAUUUCAUGCUUCGACUUUUUACCUUCUUGUAUAUUUGUUAAUUGUAUUUGACUUAUGACUGAGAUAAUUUGUAUUUAUUCAAUUGAGUCGAAAAUUUGAAUUGGCUCUUACGAAGGACUAACGCUACAAACGCCAGUUUUAAAAACGCUUGACGGUGGCCAGUUCACAUUAUCCACUCAGAAGAUAAAACCAAACUUUCUUGUCAAACCUUCCCCCAACC